UUGUCUAAUCAUUCUUCUGUUGCAGUGUAUCCGGCAGCACCAGUGUCAGCGCCAGCCAGUCAGCAGCAGAACCUACAACCGCAGCAAUACUCGCCACUUGCACGAUAUCCCGCACCUGGACCAGCUCAAAGCCAAACACCCGGUGCUGCUGUAAAUCCCUGUUACCAAGCACCACCGUCUGGACACGACAUGCGCUCUCCGCGGCUGAUGUCGCCAACUCAGGCGCCUAUUCCUGGUGCUGUUCCACAGGCGGGUGCUGGCGCCGGCUUGGCGCCACCUAUGGUUAAUAGCACACCGCUGCAGAGGAGCAUAUCAAACAUGGAAAUGCAGCCAAAUAGUGGAGCUCCAGUAGGUUCUCAACAUAUGCGAAUGGUUCCACAAACUACACCUUUUUACGGGCACGAUCCAAGUGUUGCUAGCAGUGGUAUGCUAUUAAAUUAUCUAAGAAGUCUUGCCUAAUG